AAUCCUCGAUCCUGCGAAUAUUUUAGGGUUUCCGCUGGGCAACGGGAUAUUCACAUCACCCGGCGGCGUCGAAGCCGUCACCUACGUUAAAGUCAACGUAUCCGACGAUCCCGAUCCUCUGUAUCCCGAUAUAGAAUUGCUGAUGGUGGGUGGUUACAUGGGCUCCGAUUUCGGGCUGGUCUUCAGGAAGAUGUUCAACAUCCCCGCGUCUCUAUUCAACGCUCUCUACCUGCCGCUGAUAGGGAAAAACGUGUACCAAGUGACUCCUGUUCUGCUGCACCCCAAGUCCUUCGGCUCGAUCCAGAUAAACUCCUCGUCGCCGUUCGAUCCUCCGCUGUUCUACGCCAAUUACUUCUCCGAUCCGCGCGACAUUAAAAUCUUCAUCGCCGGCAUCAGGGAGUUCCAGAGGAUAAACAAAGCGCCGAGCUUGCAACGAGUCGGCGCUACUCUAGUAUCCACGCCUAUUCCAGGAUGCGAGCACGAGACCUUCGACAGCGACGCUUACUGGGAGUGCGCCUUAAGGACGAUCAUAGGGAGUUACUACCAUCAAACGGCCACGUGCAAGAUGGGCCCGCCUGGCGAUGCGGAAGCCGUGGUGGAUCAUGAAUUGCGGGUGUACGGGAUCAAGAAGCUUCGAGUGGUGGACACCAGCGUGAUUCCAUUGCCGCCUUCUUCGCACAACAUGGCGCCGGCGUACGUGAUAGGAGAGAAAGCGGCCGAUUUGAUAAAGGAAACUUGGAAGUUGUGAUGCUAAAUAUGUGAUAAUGUGGCUGAAUUGAAUGUAGGUAGACUAAUUAUCGUGUUUGGUGAUACUUAACUUAUCUCAAAUGGUACCAAGACUUUCAAUCAAUUAUUACGUAUCAUUUUUUUUUGUAAUUAACUCGUUCUCUUUUUUGACGCACUAGAUUUGAUUAAUGAUUAUUAUAAUAUAAUGCGAUCACAUGUGUACAAAUAAUUAACAAUUCGGGCAGUUCGGUUUGCAAAAUGUUCACUUAAUUCUUUCGCCAUUGAUUCGAGAUUCUUGUUACGUAAUGAUGGAGAAAGCGGGCGAUAUUAUUUUUGGAAAGUACCCAAUAUACAUAUUCACGUGUUAAGUUUUCAAUUCCUACGGAAGCGAUAAUUCAAUAUGGAAUUUCUAUUGUUAGCAAUUGAUUAUCGAUUAUUAAUUUCUAUAUUUUAUCACUAUCAUCACUAUCA